AUGGCAUAUUUAGAACUUUACGUUGCCAUCUGCAAAGUCCGUUGUGCGGGUGAUGCUCGACAUUGGCUUCUGAUAGUAGCAUACCCAGGGGAAGAACACGGUACCUGGUACCAUGUAACGGGUGGGCCAACACACGAUAAAGAUUAUAAGCUUGAGAUCCAGACCAAGCGGGUCGAUAAUCAUAAAAUCGAGUCAUACUAUAAAGUUGGCAACCUCCAAGAGGUAGACGUUAAGAAACUCAAAGCAUCAGCUCAGAGCAUAACACCAAAGUUCUGUCAAAGGUGGAUAGUUGACGUUCUUAAGGACCUCGAAAGAAAAUCUCUUGUGUCGAGUGGCACGAGUGAUGCGUGGUAUCAGAAAAUGGAAGUUGACCCUUAUUCACAUGAUGGUGCUUCCUCUUAA